CGCGGACGCCGCAGCCCACCUCACUUCAAACCGGUCUGCCGCGACGUAUACUCGCGUCCCAUCUCCGAUCCAAACAGUAAGCACGUGUUCUUAUCGACAUCCGAAAAACAUGUACCGAUAAUUAAUCUUACGGAGUGCUAUAAUCGAAAACUGCGCUUAUUUCUGUCAUUAUGUACACACAAACAGAGAGCGAUAUCAAAGAAUCAUCAAAGAACCUAAUGAGUGGUGAUUUCGAGAGACAAUACAAGGAAGGGAUGGAGAAAAGUGGUCGGAGAAAUGGAUGUGUGAUGUAUGGUGUAUCUGUGGGGGCUCUAGCCAUAUGGCUGCUCGUGAUAACUGUGGUUCGGGAAGUGCAAAUCGCCAACCUUCGUCAGGAGGUGGAUCAACUUGCUGCGAGCAUGAUUGCGAUGUCAGCGAAUGUUAUGUCCGUUAACCAGAAGCUGACCAACAAUCGGUUGUUUAAUGAGUUCAAGAAUUUGGAAGACACGUUGUACGCUGACGAUGAUCAGGAUGGAAACCUUGUAGAUGACGUCAAAGAGUCAAAGGACGAUAAGCAGAGCUACGACUCGUUGGAGAAGUUACAUGGCCUCACGGUGCUGGAAGAUGACAACCAGCUUGCAGAUGAUGAAGACCUCUUUGAUGGCGAUGAUGAUGCUGAGAGCGGGGACUGGUAUCCUGAUUACGAUAGGAGAAGGGAGAAAGUUGGUACAACAAACAUGGUUCGGCUAACUCCAGACGACUUCAUGGGCGUGGUGGAGGGAGUCGAUGUUGGGGGAAACUUAAACGAGAUCAAGAGGCUGCUAAAUGAAAACCCGGAGAUUAAGGAUAUAGCUCUACCAACGUUGCCAAAUUACACACGCAAGCCGACAACAGAAACACCAGCCAGCGUGCGGGAGACGGUGACAGAAAAGCAAAAUGGACGCGAAAAGCGAAGCGUAUUUCCCGACUCCGCAGCUGACGCGAUAUCAACAGUCACUGCACCUAAAGUCAUUUCGAAGGACGAAGAAAGACGAAAGACAAAGAAAUUUACCCCACCACCUGAUACAAUGAAGAUUCCCGUACACACCGUUUCAAGAACUGCAAGAAAUAGUGACGGAGAGGGAAGACCUUUCAUCGCAGCUCACUUUCACGGAAACACAUCCCAUCUAAGCACAGAAAUACACGAGCAUUUCAAAGGUAACGGUUUAGUGCGCGUGUCGCAUGGCGCUCCCCACGAUGUAUGGUACCCAGCACCCUGGACUAUUGCAUCACCACAUCCUCGACCCACACUUACUAGAACUGGCCAUAUUCAUGUGCAUCACACUGGAGUCUAUCUUGUUUAUGUACAGAUCUAUUAUCUCGACAGUCACGACAUAAUAUCCUGGGUACUACACCGCACCAACCCAUACACUGAGGGUCGAGACACACUCCUACAGUGCGCACAGACGUCACACUCUGUUGAGCCGAUGGACAGACCGAACUCUUGCUUCUCAGCGUCUGCUCUCUUCCUGAGAGCUGGUGACAAGCUGGCAGUAAGAAACACCGGCGGAGAUAGACACUCAUUGAUGCAGCCGGAAAAGAGUUUCAUAGGUCUCGUGAAAUUGGCUGAUGCUGACGAGCCAAUUGACGAAUUCUAAGCUUUGUAUUCUGUUAAUUAAUCUGACACCA